CUGAAGCUUAUUAAUAAGUGAUCGAGCGCGAUCGCCUCUUCUCCCUCGCAAGAGGAGCGACGCAGCUCUCUCCGCGCCCCCUUCGCCCUCGUCUUCCUCCUCUAUCUCCUCUCUAGGGUUUCGUUAAGGUGCGAUUUUCCCCUUUUCUACUCGAUUACUCUCGAUUUGAGGUCUCAAUCGGUAUGAUUCCUACUCCUUUGUUGUCUUGUGGGAUUAGGGUUUGAUUUCGCCGGUUUCAGAUCUGUUUUGCUCGCAGGUUUCAUCUUUCAUGAUCCUUAGUUCGUAAAAAUCGUCCUGUCCGUGAUCAUAUUAUUCUAUUUAUCGAGAUGAGUGGUUGUUGAAGUAGAAAUCACCAUAGUAGGGUUCAAUCUAGGAGAGAGUAGUAACUUGUUGUUCUGUAAAGCAGUUUUAAGAUUGCAAGGAGUGGAAAAAAUUAGUCAAAUAUGGGCUCUGGGAACCGUGAUUUGAAUAGCAUCAUGUCCGAAUUAACGUACGAUCAAGUGUUCGAUGAUAUGCCGACGCUGCAUAAUUCUUCUAAUUUUGAUCAAAACAUCUUUUUUGACCCCUCAACAUUUUCCACUGAUCCUUCCCCCUUUUUAAACACCCCAAAUAUUAAUGUUUCUUCGUCGUCUUCUUUUUCUUCAUCUUCUUCUACUGCGGCGCCUGCCGCGGAGGCGGAGUUCUCAGAUGAUUCGGAGAUGUCCUCCGACAUACUUUUUACCUACAUAAACCGCAUCCUCAUGGAGGAAGAUAUCGACACAAAGUUCGAUCAGUACCCGGAUAACCCAGCCCUUUUAGCUGCAGAAAAACCCUUCCUUGAGAUCCUAGAGAAGUCGCCGACUUCACCCAACCAACCUCCAUUAGAUUCCAAUCAUAGUUCCGACAGCCCUAAUGAGAGCAUUCGUAACUACGACAUGAACUCUAAUGAUAGCCCUAACGGAGUGAUGGUAGAGAAUAGUUGGCCUUACGAUCCAAUCGAAUACUACCAACUACAAAAUCCUCCAUUUGUUGAUCGAUCGUCCCAGUUUUCCUUUUCCUCCGCAAAUAGUGAUGGAAAUAUUUUCGAAGGGUUAGGAGAUCUUGUUCAAAACCAACCAGCUUGGCAUUUUGCUAGGGGGUAUGAAGAGGCGCAAAAGUUCCUUCCUAGUGAUGACAAGUUGGUAAUUAAUUUGGAGGCCAGUGGCUUUUCUUUACCAUCAGAAGUGAAAGAAGAGAACGAGGAGGCAAAUCAAGUACAUGGGGGCCGCUGGGGGCGGAAGAACCGAUACAGCGAAGAUUUGUCCUUGGAAGAGGGAAGGAGCAACAAACAAACAGCUCUUUAUAGUGAGGAGAUUGAGACCGAGGCUGUUCGCGAGAUGUUUGAUAAGGUCCUGCUGUAUGAUGUUGAGACAUACACUAAAAAAAAGAAGGAACUACGAGAAGCAAUGCAGAGUGAUGCGAUGAGACAUUCUCAAAGCAAGCAUUCUAAAGGGUCGGCCAAUGGAAAGGGUCGUGGUAAGAAGCAGCCUAAGCAGGAGGUGGUGGAUCUUAGAACCCUUCUCAUCCAUUGUGCGCAAGCUGUUGCCAGUGACGAUUAUAGGAGUGCAAAUGAGCUGUUGAAGCAGAUAAGACAACACUCUUCUCCUACAGGGGACGCUACCCAGAGGUUGGCGCAUUGCUUUGCUGACGGCCUUCAGGCUCGCCUAGCUGGCACGGGGAGCGAGAUAUACCGCUCCCUUGUAGCAAAACGGAUUCCCACAGUCACUAUAUUGAAAGCUUACCUAGUCGUUUUGGCCGCAUCCCCUUUCAAGAAGCUCUCCCACUUCUUCUCUAACCAAACCAUCUUCGACACUGUUGAGGGGGCAAAAAGGGUGCAUAUCAUAGAUUACGGCAUAGCCUAUGGCUUCCAAUGGCCGUGCCUUUUGAAACGGCUUUCUGAUAGGCCUGGUGGGCCUCCGGCUCUUCGAAUCACCGGCAUCGAUUUACCUCGGCCUGGUUUCCGUCCGGCGGAGCUCAUUGAGGAGACCGGGCGCCGUUUAGCUGACUACGCUCGAAGCUUCAGCAUACCUUUUGAAUAUCGAGCAAUCGCGUCAAAAUGGGAGACCAUACAGGUCGAAGAUCUUAAGAUCGAUAAAGAUGAGGUGGUCAUCGUGAAUUCUCUCUAUCAAUUUCGGCAAUUGAUGGAUGAGACUGUUGUGGCGGAUAGCCCAAGAGACAUUGUCCUUAAUACAAUAAAAAAGAUGAAUCCAGCUGUGUUCAUUCAUGGUGCCGUGAAUGGCUCAUAUGGCGCACCGUUUUUCGUCACUCGAUUUCGUGAAGCACUAUUCCAUUUCUCUGCAAUCUUUGAUAUGAUAGAUGCAAACAUCCCGCGUGAGCAUGAGCAGAGGCUGCGGAUUGAGGAUUGUCUCCUUGGACGGGAGGUACACAAUGUUAUUUCUUGCGAGGGGUCGGAUAGAGUGAAUAGGCCUGAAACGUAUAAGCAGUGGCAGGUACGAAAUCUUAGAGCUGGAUUCAAGCAGCUCAAGUUAAACGCAGACUUUAUGGUGAAGAUGAGGGAGAAGGUAAAGUUGCAUUACCACAAGGAUUUUAUUGUGGAUGAGGAUAAUAAAUGGCUGUUGCAAGGGUGGAAGGGUCGCAUCCUCUAUGCGCUUUCGACGUGGAAACCUAAUGAUGCCCAAUAACUUGAUAUAUAGGUUAAUCUGUAUAAUUUUGUGGGAUUUCCAGCUAUGUGAAGACUACACUUCACUUUCUUUUGGACCAUCUAGUGGUCAGCACUGUAGUUUCUGUGUUGUAGUUAGUGUUGUAAUGCUAGAAAAUAUGUAUAAUUUCACUGCUUUAUGUAGCUUAUUUCCUUCAGAGCAGGGACCUCACAACUUGAUGUAUCUAACUUGUUGGCUAUGUGUGCUUUAUAAUGUAUGCAGCUGCACUUGUAGAAA